AUGGCUCUGCCCAGCUACUUCUUACUACUGUGCAGCCUGGGAACGGCCCUGGGCAGCUACCCCAUUUGGUGGUCCCUGGCUGUCGGGCCCCAGCACUCUUCCCUGGGCACACACCCUGUGCUGUGUGCUAGCAUCCCUGGCUUGGUGCCCAAGCAGCUGCGCUUCUGCAGGAACUACAUGGAGAUCAUGCCCAGCGUGGCAGAGGGUGUGCGGCUGGGUGUCCAGGAGUGCCAGCACCAGUUCCGUGGCCGCCGCUGGAACUGCACCACUGUGGACAGCCUGGCCAUCUUUGGCCCUGUGCUGGACAGAGCCACCCGAGAGUCAGCCUUCGUGCAUGCCAUCGCCUCGGCUGGCGUGGCCUUUGCUGUGACGCGUUCCUGUGCUGAGGGCUCUGCCACCAUUUGCGGCUGCAGCCGCCGCCACCAGGGUUCCCCAGGCGAGGGCUGGAAGUGGGGUGGCUGCAGUGAGGACGUUGAAUUUGGUGGAAUGGUGUCUCGUGAGUUUGCAGAUGCCCGGGAGAACCGACCGGAUGCCCGCUCAGCCAUGAACCGCCACAACAACGAGGCUGGGCGCCAGGCCAUUGCUAACCAUGUACACCUCAAGUGCAAGUGUCAUGGGCUGUCUGGCAGCUGCGAGGUGAAGACCUGCUGGCGUGCACAGCCUGACUUUCGCGCUGUGGGUGACCUCCUCAAGGACAAGUAUGACAGCGCCUCAGAGAUGGUGGCCGAGAAGCACCGGGAGGCACGCGGCUGGGUAGAGACACUGAGGCCACGCUAUGCCCACUUCAAGGUGCCCACUGAGCGUGACCUGGUCUACUAUGAGGCCUCACCCAACUUCUGUGAGCCCAACCCCGACACCGGCUCUUUUGGCACACGCGGUCGUGCCUGCAAUGUGAGCUCCCCUGGCAUCGACGGCUGUGACCUGUUGUGCUGUGGCCGUGGCCACGAUGCACGCUCUGAGCGGCGCCGUGAGAAGUGUGGCUGCGUCUUCCACUGGUGCUGCUACGUGAGCUGCCAAGAGUGUGCACGUGUGCUUGAUGUGCACACCUGCAAGUAG